UUUUUUUUUUUGGUAUUGCUACUAUCUAUUAGAAAUGUACGGUCAACGUUUUGCCAUGUCUCUUGGUAACAAGCAAACAAUGCAAACUUUUCCAACGAAAGUCUAUCGUUCUCGAAACUUUAUCUUGGGACGCGUAUCUUCCGAAUCAACAGCAACCUCAACAGUAAGAAGAACUUGGAAUACAACUACCUUUUCUCUACGUGAAUAUACUACACAACAACAACAAGAUAAUGUGACUUCAGCUCCCAAGAAGAAACUAUUUCAAAAAGGCAAAUGGAUUCGACGCGGUUUACUUGCUUCUGCCAUAGUUGGUGUAGGGACUCUUGCGUAUAUUUUGCAACAGGAUAAGGAAUAUCUCGAAAGUGCAAUACAACAAGCUCAUGAUAAUGUACCUCCUCUUGCACUUCAUCCUGAUACUGGUGGAAAGAAGAAUUUACCUGUGGUAUCUCAUCAAUUGGAUGACAAUCCGUUAGAAGAAGACAAACCUAGGUUGGUCAUUGUUGGAAGUGGAUGGGGUGCAGUCUCAGUGCUCAAGUCCUUGGACAAAGACAAAUACAAUGUUACAGUGAUUAGUGAAAACAACUACUUCUUAUUCACUCCAUUACUACCAAGUGCCACAGUUGGAACCUUAGAACUUCGGUCAUUAUUGGAACCCAUUCGAAAAAUAGCGGCACGUGUACAAGGUCAUUUCCUAGAAGGCAAAGCUGUGGAUGUAGAUAUUGACAACAAGUUAGUGGAAGUGGAAAGGGUGAAACAUAAUGGAGUACCAUUGGAGAAUGAACGAUACUAUGUACCUUACGACAAAUUGGUGAUAGCUGUAGGAGCAACUAGUAUCUCUCAUGGUGUAGAAGGAUUGGAACAUACAUUGCCACUUAAAACUAUUGUAGAUGCUAUCAACAUCCGACGAAAAAUCAUGAACAAUGUUGAACAAGCUGCUUUACCAACAACAACACCUGAAGAACGUAAAAGAUUAUUGUCAUUCGUAGCAGUAGGUGGGGGUCCCACUAAUGUGGAAGUCGCUGCUGAGCUAUCGGAUUGGAUUGAAGAAGAUUUUGUGAAAUGGUUCCCCAAAUCAAUGCGACCAGAUGUGUCAGUGACGAUUAUUCAAUCAAGGGAUCAUAUUCUGAAUACAUUUGAUCAUGAAAUUAGUAAUUAUGCAGAAAAUCGAUUCAAACGCAAGAAAAUUAAUGUGGUGACAAAUUCUCGGGUGGAACGUAUUGAAGAUGGCAAAGUGAUAUAUAGACGCAAAAGUCCUGAUUCUGAUUCCUCCGAACUUGUUGAAAUACCUUUUGGUCUUUGUUUAUGGGCUACUGGCAUUGCAAUGACAUCGUUUACAAAGAAUUUAGCUGAACAAUUGGAUGCUCAACGUCAUCAACGUGUAUUAUGGACUGAUGAAUAUUUACGUGUCAAGGGUAUUCCAGAUCAUUCUAUUUUUGCUCUUGGUGAUUGUGCAAGUAUUCAAAAUCCUAAACUAGUGAAUCGUAUUAUUGAACUCUUCGAACGAGCUGAUAAAAAUCAUGAUGGUAUGUUAACAAUGGAAGAAUUUGCUCAUGUUGUUAAAUAUAUCUCUCGACGUUAUCCUUUGACAAAACAACAUUUGGGACAAUUGGUGGAAAUGUUUGAUACUUAUGACAAGGAUAAAAAUGGACUUUUGGAUAUGGAUGAAAUGCGAACUUUACUUCAAGACGUUGAUAGUAAAAUGACUCAUUUACCUGCAACGGCUCAAGUAGCAUCACAACAAGGUAAUCAUUUAGGUCAUUAUCUCAAUGUCUUGGCUAAAGAAAAAGGGGAUGAAGAUAAGACAAAUGCACAAGUAAAUCCUUUUGAUUACAAGCAUUUGGGUGCAUUAGCAUAUUUGGGCAAUACGGCAGUUGGUGAAUUUAAUACUGGUACACCUGGUGGAUUCAAAAUGCUUGGUGGAUUAUGGGCUCUUUAUUUAUGGCGUAGUGUCUAUUGGAGUGAACAAGUUAGUCUUAGAACUCGUCUCAAUUUAAGUAUUGAUUGGACUAAAACUGGAUUAUUUGGUCGCGAUAUUUCAAGUAUUUGAUAUUUAUUUUUUUUUUUUUCAUUAUGAAUAAAGAAAAAAAUCU